UGAAUGCCAGUCCGUCCCACUCCUGCUGAGUACAAAUGCAGCUCAGAACAGUUAAGCUUGCAUACCUCAGACACACACACACAGAGGCGUGCUCUUUCACGUCACACACACUCAUCAAUCCAAACCCACAGGGGCACCAGGAAUCAGAGCACAGCGAAGAGAUGCUACCGGCUGGCAGACCCUGACAGCAGCAGCACUCUUCCCAGCAAACUGGUUGAAAACAAUUCACAAAAGAGAUCACAUUGACCUCCAUCUGCAGUUAAAAGAGCACAUGAUUCAAGACCCCUUGAGUGAAAAAGGGAACUUGACUCUGAGCAAGGCAGGAAAAGAAGCGAUUGUAGCCCCACUGCUGCAAGAAUACCCAAGAGACAGAGAGACAAGAUGCUGGCUCAAAUCCUCGAGCAGAUGUGGGUGGAACCUGAGGUGCUGGAAGCCCUCAGCGAGGAGCAAAAGAGGAUUCUCUUUCUGAAGAUGAGAGAAGAACAGGUACGUCGCUGGAAAGUCCUGGAAGAGAAGGAGGAGAGAGAAGGAAGGAACAACAGGAAGACAAGGCCCAAGAAAGCUUCCAGUAAAGAAGUGAGCUGGCUCCUCAGUCGGGAUGGCGAUGUGAGCGUGACUGUAAUCGGAGAGGUGGAUGAAUUUAGGUCCUCCAAAGUUCUGCAGAACCACAUGAACUACAGACUCCUCAGUGGUACAAACUGCAUCCAGACGGAGGACCUGCUGCCAGGAAGUGAUGCCCAGCAGCUCAGCUUCAAAGACGACGCCAAGCUCCCUCUCACAGAUGUUAAUGAGGAUCCAGGUUCACCAAACAACCAAUCAUCUGAGGAGGAGGACUGCAGCGCUGAUGAGGACCCGAAGGAACCUGACGAAGACAGUUACAGUGAAUCAGGUGGCAGCUCAGAGAACGUUAGUGAGCUGAAUCUUGUCUACAGGCCCCAUUUUCAUAGUGAUGGAAAGCCGCUGAUAAAAAGCAAGCAGUCAGACACAGCAAGAGUCCCCCCACAGGACAGAGAAACUCUAUGGCACAGAGAGACAUCACAAAAUGGAGGUCGCGUGGCUCAACUCAGGAAGGCAUUUGCAGACGAUCCCUGCAGCAAACCACCUGCCUGCAGCAAACCGCCCAUACCUGUCAAACCGGCUCAUCUACAGAAAAGAAGCACGGCGCUGGUCCAUUAAAACUCGCCAUGUUUCCACCCUGCUGUACGUCAACACCUGACCCCUGAGGAGGCCAAUCUGACGCAAAUGCUGCAGCUCCUUUGUACUCCAGCGGACCCAAGAUGAGGAUAAAUACACUGCAAAAAGGACGCGUCCUUUUUUUGAACAUUUCCAAGACCUAAUUUAAAAUUUCCACCUGCAGAUGGAGGAGCAUCUGUGGAGGGGAGCGAGACUGUGUACUCAAGUCAGACUUAAUGGGGAAACUAAAACGCUGUGAUGUUGAGUUGAAAUUCAGACUCCCAUACUUUCACAAAGUGUCUGUGAUCUUGAGGCAGACACAGGUGGACACAUCCACAGGAAAGAGACACAAACACAACGCUGCAUGGAAAACCACUGUGGUUUUCCUACUGGAAUGAAGCUGCAGUUAUUGGAAACUGAAAAGAUAAAUCACUCAUAUUCUCCUCCAUGUUCACAUAAUGUAUCUCUGCUCUGGACUUUACUCCGAUUUCUUUUCAGGGGAUCCUGGGGAUCAAAUAAAACAACUGGAUUCGCAGUGAAACAGACUGUUUGUACCUUUAUCCUUAAGGGGAUUUUAGACAAUUUAAUUACAUACUAUCUCCACAUUCACCUGAGAACGCUCCCUUGCACUCAUUCACUGACGAGCACUGACCUGCUCAUCAGCAGCCCUUUGGGAUUUGAUAUAUUGCUCAGGAACUUGUCCAAGUGUUAGAAUAAAACCACUGAGCUGUUUCUGGACAGCAACAACUU